AUGGGGACACAGCUAGAUCUGGGGAUGUCCGGCACAGGGGACCUUCCUAAAGGAAAGCACCAGAAGCAUUCACAAAGGAAACGGACCAUGUUCACUGAGAAACAACUGGCCGAUUUGGAAUCUUUGUUCAGCAAGAACCCAUACCCCGCUCCCAGCCUUCAGAAAGAAAUGGCUUCGAAACUGGAGAUCCAUCCCACCGUACUGCAGGUGUGGUUCAAGAACCACAGAGCAAAACUCAAGAAAGCCAAACAGCAAUUAGCUGGAGCAGAAGUCAAGACCAGCUCUUCCGAGGGACCCAUGGAUGCCCCUCCAGGAUCCUCCCAUGGUGCCCACCAAGCCUCCCUGGUUUAUACAGACCACCCAACACCUUCCUUCCAACUCAGCAUAUGCUCCAAUCUGAAGGUUCUCCCAGACCAUUCUGUUGGCCACAAAAUCGUCCACUUUGGCUGUUGCCGAGACCCUAAUGUCUACUCCCUUCGUCCCAUUAUGGAAUCUCAAAUUCUUCCCACAAGCUACACUGCUUAUUCUCUAGGUUCUUCAUCUCCACAAAGAACUUAA